AUGUAACUACCCAAAAUACCAUCGAGUUAAAGGAAGGGCAUGUUACGAGUGCGGGAAAUGUGGUCAUCAAAUAUAUCCCAAAACCAACACAUUGAUGAAAGGUACCAAAUUACCCAUGCGCGAUUGGUUCUUCGCACUUUACUUCUUUACCCAAUCAAAGAAUUCUAUUAGCUCUCUGGAGGUGGCUUCUCACCUCGGAAUAACCCAGAAAAUUGCUUGGGCAUUAACCAAAAAAUUGCAGGCUUUGACAAAAGAAACAAAUAGAGACAAAUUCACCGGAAUAGUUGA